AUGCAUCUGGAUGACGGUCUUAUAUGGGGAUGUUCCAGGGAAGAAUGCGAGAGAGUAUCAAAAGACAUUCGGAAAGAUCUCAAAAGUUUUGGAUGGUUUGAAGCACAAGGGAAGUGCAACUGGCUGCCAGCAGCAGAGACAAAAGCUAUACUAAAGCGCACGCAUGAGAGCUCCAUCCUUACAUACCAGGAUGAGAUGAAUGGGCAGGUUGGCUUCAAUGAGUAUAGUAAUUUCAAGUUUGAACAGGAGGCAAUCCAGAGCUUUGACAGCAUCGGUGGCAGAGGCACAAGACAGAUAAAGGAGGGAGAUAUCUUACUGGAUAGGCAGCCUAACAACGGGAUUAUCAGUAUCGCUGUACCCGCCAGCAAAGCCACCCGAACCCAAUUUUAUCAUAGAGUGGAUGCGUCAGCACACUCGGUGGGGGCAGUACUCAAACAGAGAGGCGACAUCAAAGCGCUCACUACCUUUCCGGAGACACUAGUGACGGAUUCCAGCACGAGCACUAGUCAGAAACAUAGAGAGCCUGCAGAAACAAGCAGAAGACAUCUGAGAGCUGCAGAGCCAUUUAGGGCUGGCGGAAGUCAGGGUAGAAUGGAUCCCAAGAGAGCAGACGCAGACGACAAGAAUACGAUAUGUCAAAGGUUCCUUUCCAAGAGCUGGUGCCCACGCACUUCAGGGAUCGACGCUUUUCUCGCAACAGCUGCUUGGUCAGGACAUUUCCUAUGGUUAGUGCCUCCUCCUAAUUUGGUGUCCAGAACCUUGUCUUGGGCUCGACAUUUUGGCUCUUUCGGCAUAUUAGGGUGCCCCUACUGGCCAUCACAAGCUUAUUUUCUCAUUUUGAAGCCCGAGGAAGAACUGGGCAAAUUCCGUGAGAGACGGAGCCUUUUCCCCGGUUCCAAGAUAUUCACACCGUGCCCUCACUCCAAUAUAUUCAAUAGUGAGUUUUCGAGGAUAAGAUUCAUGUUCCUUCUCAUAGACUUUCGAGAGUCUCCUUUUCCACAAAGAGCUCUGACUUUCUAA